GUUCCCACCAGGUGGAAAUACAACAAACCGCUAAGAAAUCCAGCCCUUAAACCUCUAUCCCGGAUCUCAACAUCGCCGGCCUUCCCCUUCUCCUCUAUAAUCCCUAUCUCAUGGAAGCAGAUGUCUCCAUCCUUUUUGCUGUUGUUUCUGUAGUUCAAUCGAUCCGGAGUCGCCAGGUAUUAAAACCCUCCUCCCUCGCCUUGGAUUCUACUUCAAAAUUCGAUAUUUAGUCGCGAAGUUGCUUUUUCAACGGAACGGGAAGGGUUAUAAGUGGAUUUAGGUCUGCGGAUUCUCUGUUUACUGCUUUUGAUUGGGAAUUGUCCGUCUUGUUUGUUGAAUUGGAGAUGGCUUCGCUGAAUACAGAAGGAGGAUGGAGCUUUUUGAUACUUUUUUGUACUGUUCUUAAUUUAAUCGCUAGGUUUGCUGGAGCUAAUAUUGUAGUGAUUGGGAAGAACGUAUCUUUGUCAUUUAAUGACCUCGAGGCCAAUUUUGCUCCAUCGGUUAAAGGUUCUGGUGAAUGUGGGACCUUAUAUUUGGCCGAGCCUCUUAAUGCCUGCAGUCAGUUGAAAAAUAAGGCUGUUGAAGGUCCACUUUCUCCGUUUGUGCUAAUCAUAAGAGGAGGAUGCGAAUUUGAUGAUAAAGUUAGAAAUGCACAGAGUGCUGGAUAUAAGGCUGCUAUUGUGCAUGACAAUGAGGAUAGUGGCUCCUUGGUUUCAAUGGCAGGAACUCCUGGUGGUGUACACAUAUAUGCUGUUUUCAUCUCUAAAUCCUCCGGUGAGACUCUAAAGACGUACGUAGGCCGUACUGAUAUCGAGCUUUGGAUUAUUCCAACCUUUGAAAAUUCAGCAUGGUCGAUUAUGGCCAUCUCUUUCAUAUCGCUACUAGCCAUGUCUGCUGUCCUUGCUACAUGCUUCUUUGUACGUAGACAUCGAGUAAGGAGAGAACAACCUAGACCUCUCAAUGUGAGAGAGUUCCAUGGAAUGAGCAGCCAGUUAGUAAAAGCAAUGCCAAGUCUCAUAUUUACGUCAGUCCUGGAAGAUAAUUGUACUUCAAGAACAUGCGCUAUUUGCUUGGAGGACUAUAAUGUUGGAGAAAAACUCAGAAUUCUGCCCUGCUGUCACAAGUUCCAUGCAUUGUGCGUUGAUGCAUGGCUUACUACAUGGAGAACAUUCUGCCCUGUUUGCAAACGCGAUGCGAGGACGGCCAUGAUGAAGCCACCCGCCUCCGAAUCAACUCCACUGUUAUCUUCCGCAGCUGCAUCUUCUGCAAUCCUAUCAUCAUUUCGCUCCUCUUUUCACUCAUCGGUCGCAGCAUCUCCAUCUGCAGCCAUACCAAUUAGUUCCACGCCACUCCACUCACCAUUAACCUCUAGAAACCAUUCCAUCUCCAACCUAUCUCGCCCGCCUAUUCCGCAAGUAUCCUAUAACAACUUGACAUCCAUCCACACCAGCAGGAGCACCGCAGAGCUUAGGAAUGCAUCUUCUUCUUAUAGAUCUUAUGCUUCCAGUCUUGCAUCUCCGCAUUCAUUGGGUUAUCCCAUCUCUUCCUCUUUUAUCUCCAGGCAUGGUUCCAAUUAUAAUCCUAGUCCUAGUUAUGCCUCCCCUAGCUACCUUGGUAGGUCUUCAAGCCGGCAUUCAUAUCUUCAGCAUUGCGAAUCUGGAACGAGCCUCUCUGCCAUGGAAUCUACACAUUCUCUUCCAGGAUGCUCUUAAGCUUAUCAUUCAUACUUUGUUUAGUUUAUUUGACCUUAUCUGACAGGUCUUUGGGCCAGCAUUGUGAAUCUGGAAUGUGCUUCUCUGCACCCCCUCCUCCAGGAUUUUCAUGAGCUUUUCUUGUACUCUCUAGGCCAUCAUUUUACUUUUAGAAAGCCUGCUGGAAUCAAGGAAGCAUCACGUGGAUGGAGUUUCGUGCCUGUGAACUGUGCUAAAAUGGGCGGAUCUUUGCUGUUGGCAGAUGAUAUGGAGAGUGGAUUCUUCUUUUGACAUUGCUCACAGGAGAAUUUGGUAAAUAUUCAGUUCGUUUUCUGUGGUUUGGUGUAUAUAUAGUUGUUGAGGAGCAGAUAUUACCUUGAUUUGUUCUUUAGAUUGGUACUGAUUGUUGAGCGAUUUUCUUAGUCAUUGAUAAUCAGAUGUGUUUUGACUACUUUUUCUCAAUUAAAAUGUUUUUUUAUUAAUCAAAUCAGAGCGUUCAAAUGGAAGGUAGCAUGAAUGUAUUACUGUC